ACUUGCUGCAACCGCCUCACAAUGCCCAAAUCAAUCCUCGCUGUUAACGCGGGUUCGUCCUCCGUCAAAAUCACCUUCUAUACCUUCGAGAACCCGCCAAGAGCCAUCGCAGAUGCGGCGAUCUCUGGAAUUACCGCACCCCCACCUACACUCAAGUACCAACAAGGAGACAAAAAGCACAAAGAGGAAGUCAAAGAAAAACUCAGCACCCCCCAAGAUGCGUUCAAAUACCUCUUGCAGCGCUGUUUCAACGAUCCCGAACUUUCCGAAGUCGCCAGCGUCGACGAUCUAGAGUACAUCUGCCACCGAGUCGUCCACGGAGGAGACUACCGCGACGCAGUCGAAAUCAACGACGAGACACUUGACCGCUUGAAAGGAUUGGAAGAUCUUGCACCUCUCCACAAUUUCUCCGCGCUGGAGAUAGUCCGCCUGUGCAAAGCAGAGCUCCCCAAAGUUAGAAGCAUCACCUUCUUCGACUCUGCUUUCCACCAGACAAUUCCCGAAGCCGUACGCACAUACCCAAUCAACCAGGAAAUCGCCAAGGCGAAUGGUCUGCGCAAGUAUGGAUUCCAUGGGAUCAGUUACUCGUUCAUCCUGCGGUCUGUAGCACAAUUUUUGAACAAACCAGUCGAGAAAACGAAUCUCAUCGUUAUGCAUAUCGGGAGCGGGGCCUCGAUAUGUGCGAUCAAGAACGGGAAGUCGGUGGAUACAUCAAUGGGCCUCACUCCUUUGGCAGGAUUACCCGGUGCAACACGUAGUGGAAGUAUUGAUCCAUCAUUGGUCUUCCACUAUACCAAUGAAGCAGGAAAACUAAGCCCAGCCAGCACGUCAGAAAUGCAUAUUAGCACGGCGGAGGAUAUCCUCAAUAAACAAUCAGGUUGGAAAGCCCUCACAGGAACAACCGACUUCUCCCAGAUCGCGGUGGAGAACCCACCAAGCGAAGCACAUAAACUUGCUUUCGACAUCUUCGUCGACCGCAUCCAGGGCUACAUCGGCAGCUACUACGUUAAACUAAACGGUGAAUUAGACGGUGUAGUCUUUGCCGGCGGGAUCGGUGAGAAGAGUGCCUUGCUGAGACGAACGCUGGUCGAUAAAUGCCAGUGUCUAGGUUUGGAAAUCGAUGAUGCGGCUAAUGACAAGGGGCCUGGGGAUGAGGAGACGGUCAAGGUUAUCUCCAAGGGCUCCGGCAAGGGGCCCCGGGUUUUAGUCUGCCAGACCAAUGAACAGUUUGAAAUGGCAUAUCACUGUGCAUGUUCGCGGUGCUGAUUUCUCAUGCACGGUGUCGACUUUUGUUUAUUUCUUCUUCUUUUGCUAUUGGUAGUGACAAUAAUACCUACCUUGGUGGUUAAUAGAGGAGGUUGGGGAGCUGAACAUGGUUGAAUUACGACAUAUAAUAUUGAUGAAUGUCUUCUAAGGUUCUCUACAUUGUACGCCCCGUACAUAAUCGAAAUAUUCCAAAUAAUCGAAAUCCA